CCACAUUCUGCUGCAGAGGAGAGUGCACCAGGAUGAGGAGACUGUAGGCACCCGCCGUAGCAUGGCCGCGUCCCGUUCUUCGCGUGUCACAAGGUCAUCAGUGGGGCUCAAUGGAUUGGAUGAAAAGUUUUGUGGUCGAACCCUCAGAAACCGCAGCAUCGCUCAGCCAGAGGAGUCCUCAGCAUCUCCACAACCUAGGGCACGCUCCCCCAAAAAGAAGCAGGACGGCAGGCAGGAGUCAAAGCAGGAUACCAAUAAGGAUACCAGGCAGGAGUCAAAGCAGGAUGCCAAGAAAGAGUCAAAGCGGGAUAUCAAUAAGGACUCAAAGCAAGAGUCAAAGCCGGAAUCUAGCAAGGACUCAAAGCAAGAGUCAAGGCCGGAAUCUAGCAAGGACUCAAAGCAAGAGUCAAAGCCGGAAUCUAGCAAGGACUCAAAGCAAGAGUCAAGGCCGGAAUCUAGCAAGGACUCAAAGCAAGAGUCAAGGCCGGAAUCUGGCAAGGACUCAAAGCAAGAGUCAAGGCCGGAAUCUAGCAAGGACUCAAAGCAAGAGUCAAGGCCGGAAUCUAGCAAGGACUCAAAGCAAGAGUCAAGGCCGGAUUCUAGCAAGGACUCAAAGCAAGAGUCAAAGCCGGAUUCUAGCAAGGACUCAAGGCAAGAGUCAAAGCCGGAUUCUAGCAAGGACUCAAAGCAAGAGUCAAAGCCGGAAUCUAGCAAGGACUCAAAGCAAGAGUCAAAGCCGGAUAUCAUCAGUAAGGACCCCAAACAUGAGUCAAAUCAGUAUAUCAACAAGAUUUUUAGGCAAGUGUCAAAGCAGGAUACCAAUAAAGACUCAACGCAGGAGUCAAAGCAGGAUACCAGUAAAGAUGCAAAUGUUUUGUCGAGGCAGGACGCCAUCAAGGAGUCGAGACGGGAGUCAAAUGACAAUAACCAAGACACCAAGCAGGACACUGGGGAGGAAUUUAAUCAGGAUUUGGAGCUGGAGUCAAAGCAUGCUGCUAACCAAGAUACAAAAUUACAAGAUAGUCAGCAACUGGACGUUUUGCAGAGAAACAUAGCUGACUCCAGUGUUCCUGCGAGCGAUGCUGAUCAUUCGACCGUCUCUAGGAAGCGGGGUCUGUCCUGUUUGGACAAAGACCCGAACCAAGAUGAGUCCGAGAACUGUGACACGGGGAAGGAGUGGCGGGAUGGCUUUCCUCAAAUCAAAAGGGCCAAGCAGCGCUCUCUCUCUGGAGAGUUCUUGGGACAUGAAGAGGACCAAAGGUUUCUGAACCCCCAAAGUCAAGUUUCUUUCUCGGAGCCUUGUACGGACAUUAUUUGUGAAGACCUAGCCAGCUGCAACUCUUGUAAUUCCCCCCCUGCCUCGUCUAACCUCAGUGAGCAGGAGGGUGGGCUAACUGGGCGACCGGCGAAGGAAGAUCAUUGCGUGGAUUGCGACGGGACAGUAUUGUCACAGAAUUUUCCCUCUAACGGACUCGGAGAAGUCGACGCAGAGGAAACUAGCACAGUCGCCGACCAUCCCAGUGCGCCGCCCACCUCCGCCACCAGCUUGCCACCUCUGCUCAACGGCAGCCAGGUGGAAGCUCCCUCAUCGCCCAGCCCCUCUGUGCCUUUUAGAAACUCUGUACCUGGGCAAGUGGAGAUCUCCGGCUCAGGAGAAUCACCAGCCUCGUCUGCACUAACAUUCACGGGUGCUGAAGAACGUCCUGCUCCCGGGUCGGCGGCCAAAGAGCAGGAGGUGGAGGAGCUGGAAGUGGACGUGGUGGGCGACCCGUUGUGUCUAGCUCGCGAGGAGCAGGUGACCGUGAGCGAAGGCGAGACCAACGGCCGGCCGCCGUCACCGGUGCCACAACCCGCUGCCUCCACCUCGCCCUCUGUUGCAAACGUGAACUGCAGUUCAGUCAACAACGGCAACUCAGGAGAAACUACGCCCACCCUCACAACGCCCCCGUCCCCCACGGAGUGUAACCCCUCCAUGUCCAGCAUGCCCCCUUCUUUCACGGAGCUCUACGAACACAGAUACACCCUGCGGACUUCGCCUAGGAGGGUUGUGUCUGGAGGGGAAGAAUGUCCCUCCAAACCCAGCUCUCCUUUGACGGACAACGGUCCCUUUAGGGAAGAAGGGGAGGUGGAGGACGACUGUCCAGUGUUGGAGGAACCUUCCUGCUCGGACUCGGGCGGCCCCUCCGCCGACGAGCCAGGUUCCCUGAAUCCUGCUUACAGAGUAGCUGAUAAAGACAGCGGCUUUGCGGAGGACAAAGAUGUAGAGAACGGCAAGGAGCUAGCGCGGCGCCAGGCUGUUGAAGACGAGGAGGAGGAGGAGGAAGAGGAGGAGCCAGACGUGUAUUACUUUGAGUCAGACCACCUGGCUCUUAAACACAACAAAGAUUAUCAGAGACUGCUGCAGACCAUCGUGGUACUCGAGGCCCAACGUGCGCAGGCCAUCCUCGACCUGGAGACGUUGGCGCGGCGCCAGAGAGAGGCUCUCGCUGAUCCCAUCAGCUUCGUUGAGCAGCUGCAGAAACAGGGCAGUUUGGGUUUGCCGUGUCCUCAGCGGGUCGUCCAGCUCCCGGACAUCGCUUGGGAGCAGUACACCUCCGGCCUGGGGGAGUUUGAGAGAGAGUUCUGCGACAAGAAGCGGAAAACCCGGCAGCUGAAUUUGAUCUUCGACAAAGGUUUGCCUCUUAGACCAAAAAGUCCCGUUGAGCCCAAGAAAGAAGGUGAACCGUCCACCGUGUACUCCUCUCUCCCCACGAGUGACGCCCCUGAGAAUGGCAGACAGACGCAGAUGAUCAGGGGGAGGAUUUGUCACCCAAAUAAGCCUGACACGUUUAACCAGCUGUGGACGGUGGAAGAGCAGAAAAAACUGGAGCAGCUUCUUCUUAAGUUCCCGCCUGAAGAAGUGGAGUCCAAAAGGUGGCAGAAGAUCGCCGAUGAGCUCGGCAAUCGAACCGCCAAACAGGUUGCCAGCAGGGUUCAAAAGUACUUCAUCAAGCUGACAAAAGCUGGUAUCCCCGUGCCUGGAAGAACCCCAAACCUCUGCAUGUACACUAAAAAGGCCUCCAGUAAGAGACAGCAUCACCUAAACAAGCAUCUGUACCGACCCUCCACCUUUCUAACCUCCUACGAGCCUCCAGUCUUCAUGGAUGAUGACGACGAGCGCUCGGCGUAUUACAACAGCGUGCAGGACCCGUCCGCUGAUGAUUCGGAUGAGGAGGGCGUGCCUGCGGAGCUGAGGAGCUUGCCAGAGUACAAAGAGCUUUUACAGCUGAAGAGGUUGAAAAAGCAGAAGCUCCAGGAGAUCCGAGAGGAUAACGCCGGGGUGCAGCACAUGGGUUUCAAGUGCGACGUGUGCGGCAUGGAGCCGAUCCAGGGGGUCCGCUGGCACUGUCAGGACUGUCCGCCGGAGAACUCUGUCGACUUUUGCUCCAACUGCUCAGACUGCUUAUUGAAGACGGAGACCCAUAAACCCACCCACCACCUGGAGCCGGUGUAUCGGUCAGAAACCUUUCUGGACAGGGACUACUGCCUGCCGCAGAGCGCCGGCUACAACUACCUGGACCCUAAUUACUUCCCAGCCAAUAGAUGACAGGGUCCCAGGCGCCCCCGGCUCCCGGCUGUCUCUCUCUCUCCACUUGUCCUGCAGGCCGCUCUGUGCAUGGCUCCAUCCUCCAAGCCCCAGGUGACCGCCUAGCCCUCCACCAGGCGUACAGUCGGCCAGGAAGGUGGUGAUCAGAGCAGACCUCGGCGCCCGCCGCUGGUGGAGUGUGCCCAGCAACACCUCAGCCAGGUUAUUCAGAAACUGUAUUUUUAAAAAGAAGGCGAGAAAGCGAAAGCAGAAGGCACACGACAUUCCUGAGCUCCCCCCCCCCCUGACUCCCGCCGGGCGGUUCCCGUCUCCGGCGUUCUCUCCUCCAUGCUGCUUUGGGACCGGACAGCUUGACGGCCGGUCUGGUCGAGCGCCGCCCGAUGGAGACGGGGACACUUGGGUAGGUUUCCGCGCGCAUGUGGUCUCCACGCUCCCCCCGAGAAUGAAGAAUACGUUAAAGACUUUGAGCGUUCAUCCGAGUGGGACACCUGUAGACCUCACUGUGUUCCUCCACGGACUCAUCCUUCCCAGCGCACCGCCACCCGUUUCCUUUUGCUCUCUCCACUAAAACACGUCUAACCAGGAAACACUACAAGCACCGAGAGCUAUUUCUCUCCUUUAUUCUUUUCUUUUUUUUUUUUUUUUCUUUGAAGGCAGACGAAUGAGAAGGUGUUAAACCACACAAAGCUGUGUUUUUGUUCUUUCUUUCUUUCUUUCCUCCUCUCCCUCAUCGUGUGCCGUUGUUGAUCAUGUUGAGUGUUCAAGUAUAUGGUGAAAAGUGAAAAGUAGCCACCGCUAGUUGCUGUGUGCCAUUAAAAAGAAAAACAAACAAAAAAUAUUAUUAUUUUUUUCCCCCAUCCCCCUUUGGCAAAAAGGAGAAUCCCUGAAAGCCGACCACGUUUUCUCCAUCGCUCCGUUAUCGACUCCCCUCAUUAUGCCUCUAGAUCUCUAAUUUUUGCCACCCACUUUAAAAAGGUCCAUUUAAACAGAUUGUAUUUUUAUUAAUCUAUUUAAAACAUGAAUAACUGAGGUAGUGGUUGGUGCCUCAGCAGUGGAGCGACCCACAGAGUUUUAUAUACAUAGAUUUUGUUGUGCUUGAGUAGACACCAUUUUGUAUGGUUUUUGUCUUCUUUCCCUCACCACCUCUCCCUGCUUCAGUAUCUGUGUAUAACAGUCUGUUCUUAUGUAAAAAAUAAUAAUAAUAAUGUAAAAAAAAAAAAUGCUAGAGGAGAAUCGUGGAAAUAAAAGUAUGUGAAAAAUGUUUCUA